CAGGACACAGCUAUUGGCUCAUUGCCUGUAAAAUCCCCAUGGGGCUUUUUUUUCCAUGCACGAGACUAGCCCUAUGCCAUGACUCUGUCCACCUUUCCUCGAAUCGUGGAGAAAGCUCUAUGUUUCCCCAUGGGAUGACUUUCUGGGGUAGAAAUAGAGGCCAUGCCACCGGAUAUGAUCAUCUGAAUAUUACCGACACCGAGCAGAUAUCUAGAUAGGAACUCACGGGCUUGCUCUUAUUGACAUUUGUGUUCUCACAACAUGGCAGUUGAGAAACCGUCUGCACCGGGGCACAAUGCCCUCAUCAACAGCCGAGCGGAGGCUGUGGCCGUACAGGUCAUGGAGCAACAAGGCUGGCUAGAGAGAAAGCUGAAACCAAAGAAAAUCACAGCUCGAUAUCCAUUCAAAGGAUCGCCAUUGCUAUAUGCGACAUGCGCGUUUGGUAGUCUGGGAGAUGCCCUGUUCGGGUACAAUUCUGGAAUUAUGUCUGGUCUGCUGGUGAACCCUGUUUUUGUGUCGCGCUUCUUCAAGGACUAUGGCGGCGCAGACGGCACAACAUCCGCAGUGAAUCCCUCCAUUACCGGUAUAUCGGUCGCCUGUCUACAAGCAUCAGCAGCGGUGGGCGCAUUGAUCGCAGGCAGACUCGGGGACAUGAUCGGGCGCAAGAAGUGUGUCCGCCUCGGUGGCUUCAUCUACUUCUUCAGCGCAUUCAUCCAAAUGUUCGCACCAGGAUUUGCAACAUUUAUCGCUGGUCGCACCAUCCAGGGGCUGGGAGUCGGAUUCCUUUCGAUGACUGUGCCCAUCAUCCAGACGGAGAUUGCCGCACCGCAUGCCCGUGGUCUGAUGGUAGGGAUAGAGUAUACCUUCCUAAUUGCCGGAUACAUGCUGUCGUGCUGGGUGGACUAUGGAUUCCAUUUCCUCCUGCCGAGUGCGAUGUCGUGGCAAGGGCCGUUCAUCGUUCAAAUCAUCCUCUCGUUCAUCCUCUUAGCCAUGUCCUUCUUUCUCCCGGAGACUCCUCGUUGGCUGGCUAAAAAUGGCUUCAUGCAAGAAAGUUUGCAGACUGUGGCCGACCUUCACGCCAACGGUGAUACCGAGGCAGAGCACGUACAACAGGUCUUCACUGAAAUCCAGGAAGCCGUCAUCUACGAAACCAACCUGGGGAAGUCAAGUUGGAAGGAGAUGUUUACGAGAUAUCGGAAGAGAACCAUUGUCGGUAUCACAGUGCAAAUGUUCGCUCAGCUCAACGGAAUCAACAUCAUCUCGUUUUACCUUCCCAGCACUCUCGCAUCCGCAGGCUUCGACGAGAGGAAAUCCCUGCUGUUCACCGCCGCCAACGCACUCCCUUAUACUGCGGCCACCGUUGCAACCUGGUGGUUAGCUGAUCGAUGGGGUCGAAAGCCGUUACUGAUUCUUGGUGGCCUCGGAAUGGCAGUCCUGCUCAGCAUUGUCUGUGCCUUCACCCAGGCAAACCUGGACAUUCACGUCAAGGCCAACGGCCAGUACGCCUUUGUUAUGCUCUACAAUAUCGUGUACGGUUUCACCUGGGGGCCAAUGCCGUGGCUUCUGCCCGCUGAAAUCUUCCCUCUUCGUGGCCGCAGUAAAGGAAUGGCGCUUGCUACCACCAGCAAUUGGAUCUUCAACUUCAUCAUCGGGAUGGUAUCCCCCGACGCGUUCGCAGGCAUCCAUGGGUACUUCUACCUGGUCAUCGCGGGGUUUUGUCUGUUUUCCGCCGGAUUGGUCCAUUUUUAUUAUUUGGAGACCGCCAAUCAUACCCUGGAGGAGAUUGCGGUAUUGUUCGGCGACCAGGCUUUUGCAGAUGGGGAGGGAGAAGCCAUGGAUGCGGCUAAUUUGUGGACGGACCAUGGCAAGGAGCGUGUAUGAUACAUGUUCUUACCUUCAGCAAACCAUCUAGAAGCGCUUGAGAUGUUGAGGAAGAGUCAAAGAGUCGUUGCCGUCUAGUGAACGAUGGAGAGCUGAAGUGGGAAAGGAGUUAUCGGGAAUUUUGAAGUACAGUACCAGCCUUAGUGUCUCAUAAUAAUGGCGCAGAAUAAAUUUAAAGAAAGAUAUAAGCCCAGCAUAUUAAAU